UACAACAAACACAUAUAGAAGUUAAAGAUCCAAGUAUACAGAUUCAGAGAAUGAAGUGCCUUGGCAUAAUUAUAUCUCUUUCGGUUUUGCUUACUAUCUUCAUUGCAUGUUCACUUGAUGUUGAUGCUCUUUCCUGUAGCCCAAGCGGCAAAAUCAGGGGAAGAAAGGCACCACAAGGGCAAUGCAACCGCGAGAAUGACUCUGAUUGUUGUGUUCAAGGGAAGUUAUACCCAACUUACACGUGUUCACCUCGCGUAACUGGUAACACCAAGGCAACCUUAACUCUGAAUAGUUUCCAGAAGGGCGGAGAUGGUGGGGGUCCAUCAGAAUGUGAUAACCAGUACCAUGAUGAUGACACGCCAGUCGUGGCAUUAUCUACUGGAUGGUACAGCGGAGGGUCACGAUGCCUGAACAAGAUCACUAUCAGUGCUAAUGGUCGAAGCGUGGAGGCUAUGGUUGUGGAUGAGUGUGAUUCAACAAUGGGAUGUGAUGAUGAACAUGAUUACCAGCCACCGUGCCCAAACAAUAUUGUCGAUGCUUCAAAAGCUGUGUGGAAAGCCUUAGGGGUGCCGAAGGAUAAUUGGGGUGAUUUGGACAUCACUUGGUCUGAUGUUUAGCCAAGUUUUGUUUCCAUAUCAUAUAUUUGUCCAUGUUUUUACCCUUUUUUUAUCAUGUUAACAGUGUGCCUGAUGUAUUACAUAUUUUUAUUUGAGUAACUGUUUCUGUAUAUAAGAAUCAAAUUUUAUCUAAAA